AAUCCCUGUGGUUUUGACCAGGUGGAUGUGGGAAGAGAAGUUUGCAGAACUGAAAUGGAGGUCAGAGCCUCAUUACAGAAGGUUACUGGGUCAUCGGAUUCUGUGACUGCACUGAACAGUGAAGAAUUUGUUUUGGUUCCUCAGCAUGCAGAUGAUACUUCUACUAAAGAUGACGGAAAACCUGAACUGAAGAAAGAAGGACUGGAAGAGGAAAAAAAGAUAGUUUCUAAUGAUGAUGAACAAUUGGAAAAAGCCAUGGAAGAGAUUUUGAGAGAUUCUGAGAAAGGGCAAAGUGGCCUUCUUGUCGAUGAUCAUCAAAGUUCCAGUGAGAUCUCAGACCAUUCAUUUGGAGAUGUUUCAGCCAGCCAAACAAAUAAGCCAUCUCUUCAGCUAAUUUUGGAUCCAUCAAAUACAGAAAUUUCUACGCCCAGACCAUCUUCUCCAAGUGGAGUACCUGAAGAAGAUAGCGUUUUAUUUAACAAACUGACCUACCUAGGAUGUUUGAAAGUUUCUUCUCCACGUAAUGAAGUGGAGGCAUUACGGGCAAUGGCAACUAUGAAAUCUUCCAGUCAGUCCCCUUUUCCUGUUACUCUAUAUGUUCCAAAUGUUCCAGAAGGUUCUGUGAGAAUCAUAGACCAAUCCAGGAGUGUGGAGAUAGCAUCUUUUCCAAUCUAUAAGGUGCUGUUCUGUGCACGCGGACACGAUGGGACAGCAGAGAGCAACUGCUUUGCAUUUACAGAGAGUUCCCACGGUUCAGAAGAAUUUCAGAUACAUGUUUUCACCUGUGAAAUUAAAGAGGCAGUAAGCAGAAUUUUAUAUAGUUUCUGUACAGCAUUCAAACGUUCUUCCAGACAAGUGUCUGAUGUCAAAGACUCAGUUAUCCCUACCACCGACAGUGAUGUGUUUACCUUCAGUGUCUCCUUGGAGGUAAAAGAAGAUGAUGGAAAAGGAAACUUUAGUCCUGUGCCUAAGGAUAGAGAUAAAUUUUAUUUCAAAUUAAAACAAGGAAUAGAGAAGAAGGUUGUGAUUACAGUGCAGCAACUUUCUAACAAAGAACUGGCUAUUGAAAGAUGUUUUGGAAUGUUAUUAAGCCCAGGUCGAAACGUGAAGAACAGUGACAUGCAUUUACUGGAUAUGGAGUCCAUGGGGAAGAGCUGUGACGGGAGAGCUUAUGUUAUCACCGGCAUAUGGAACCCCAAUGCGCCAAUAUUUAUGGCACUUAAUGAAGAAACCCCGAAAGAUAAACGCGUGUACAUGACGGUGGCAGUGGACAUGGUGGUCACGGAGGUGGUGGAACCCGUGCGCUUUCUCCUGGAGACGGUGGUCCGCGUGUACCCCGCAAAUGAGCGGUUUUGGUAUUUCAGCAGAAAGACCUUCACGGAGACUUUCUUCAUGAGGUUGAAGCAGUCUGAGGGAAAAGGCCAUCCCAAUGCUGGAGAUGCCAUAUAUGAGGUGGUGAGUCUACAGCGAGAGUCUGAGAAAGAGGAACCAGUCACUCCUGUCAGUGGCGGGGGUCCAAUGUCACCCCAGGAGGAUGAAGCAGAAGAGGAGAGUGAUAACGAACUCUCAAGUGGAACAGGGGACGUGUCUAAGGAUUGUCCUGAGAAGAUCCUGUAUUCUUGGGGAGAAUUGCUAGGAAGAUGGCACACUCUGAGGGCAGAAGUAUGGCAGUUGUUAGCAGGCUGCCAUGACAACCAGGCCAUGCUGGAUAGAUACCGCCUGCUCAUCACAAAGGACUCGGCACAGGAGAGUGUCAUCACGCGGGACAUCCAUCGCACGUUUCCUGCACACGAGCACUUCAAGGACACGGGGGGCGACGGCCAGGAGUCGCUCUACAAGAUCUGCAAGGCCUACUCCGUCUACGAUGAAGACAUCGGGUAUUGUCAAGGACAGUCUUUCCUUGCUGCUGUGCUGCUGCUGCAUAUGCCAGAGGAACAAGCAUUCUGUGUUUUGGUGAAAAUCAUGUAUGACUAUGGUUUACGAGACCUCUACAAAAACAACUUUGAAGAUCUUCAUUGCAAAUUCUAUCAAUUGGAGAGACUAAUGCAGGAGCAGUUGCCGGACCUGCACAGCCACUUCUGUGACCUGAACCUGGAAGCUCAUAUGUACGCGUCCCAGUGGUUUCUCACCCUUUUCACGGCCAAGUUCCCACUCUGCAUGGUCUUCCACAUUAUCGACCUCCUGCUCUGCGAGGGUUUGAACAUAAUCUUUCAUGUAGCCUUGGCUCUUCUAAAGACCUCAAAGGAAGAUCUUCUGCAGGCUGAUUUUGAAGGUGCUUUAAAGUUCUUCAGAGUUCAGCUUCCAAAGAGAUACAGGGCAGAGGAAAAUGCGAGAAGAUUGAUGGAGCAGGCCUGCAAUAUUAAGGUACCGACUAAGAAGCUGAAGAAAUAUGAGAAGGAAUAUCAGACCAUGCGGGAGAGCCAGCUGCAGCAGGAAGACCCGAUGGACAGAUACAAGAGGGAGAACCGGAGGUUGCAGGAGGCCAGCAUGAGGUUGGAACAAGAGAAUGACGACCUCGCCCACGAACUAGUGACCAGCAAAAUUGCUCUGCGGAAUGACUUGGAUCAGGCGGAAGACAAGGCCGACGUGUUGAGUAAGGAACUGCUGUUGACCAAACAGAGGCUGGUGGAGACCGAGGACGAGAAGAGGAAGCAGGAGGAGGAGACUGCUCAGCUAAAAGAAGUCUUCAGGAAACAGCUAGAGAAGGCAGAAUAUGAAAUACAGAAGACCACUGCUAUCAUUGCUGAGUAUAAACAGAUCUGUUCCCAGUUAAGCACCAGACUGGAAAAGCAGCAAGCAGCCAGCAAGGAGGAGCUGGAAGUGGUAAAGGGUAAAAUGAUGGCGUGUAAACAUUGCAGUGACAUUUUCAGCAAGGAGGGCACUUUGAAACCAGCAGCCAUAAACAGAGAGGACCAGGGAGUUGAGUCGGACGAUGAGAAGGACUCACUAAAGAAGCAGCUGAGGGAGAUGGAGCUGGAAUUGGCACAAACCAAGCUGCAGCUGGUGGAGGCCAAGUGUAAAAUCCAGGAACUUGAACAUCAGAGAGGGGCCCUUAUGAAUGAAAUCCAAGCUGCAAAAAACUCUUGGUUUAGCAAAACCCUGAACUCUAUCAAAACGGCCACGGGCACCCAGCCCCUGCAGCCGCCACAGGCCACCCCGCCACCCAAGGAGAGCACAUAGUUCCAGCCUCGCCCCAGCACAAGAGCACAGCGAUCAAAGCGACGGAAACCCAGGAGAACUCUCUCUGGCGUCCCUUUAAAGGAGGCCAGAGAGCCCGCCAGGUCUUUCCGUAGCUCUUUGUUGUAUGACACUCCUCAGAGGGAUGGCAUUGAAACUGCCCUGGUUUAUGUUGGAUACCUGUUUUCAAGCUUCUUCAUGGAAGGCCGCGUUCAGAUGCGUCAUAGUAUGAAACAUUAUUUUCUAUGCCUGAUGUUUAGUUGGAAUUAAGUAAUUCAGAACUAAAUGCUUUUUAUUUAGAACUAAGUAUUCACAAUUAUUUUUAUCUUUUGUAAAAAUGGAGAUGUCUUUUAUUCCAAGGUCAAAGUGAAAGGAAGAGCUUUGUCACAGGAAAAAAAGUUGAAACCUAAACCUCUUAACUUUUCAGGAUUUAUUCAGAUAAAGCACACUGUGGGGCCAGUCACGACCACUGUCACGUUUCCUCGUGAAAACAAUUUCCUGGACAGCGAUAAUCCUGUUUGAAGGAAAGGGCAGACCUGGGAUUGAACAGUCCCCAGAGAGAAUUAGUUGAUUUCAUUUUCUGUUGGGUACAUCUGAAAUCGAAGUGCCAAGAACCGAGAGAUAAGAUAGGCUAUUGAGAAUACACACUAGAUAGAACGAACUGAGAUUUUGAUAAACGCAGGAUGAAAUAAAUCACUUUGGCCCUGGUGUUCUAACAGGUCCUUUUAAGAACUGCACACGGGAAUUGCAAGUUCCUAAGUGUGAAUAAGUUGUGAGUUCUGGCAAAUCUAAACUCAGACGUAGGUAUCUCAAGUUGCAGCCUUAGGGAAUCUUCACCAGAGAGGCCUAGAAAGGCCCGGGUUCAGGUGGAGUACAGAACCGGGGACAGAGCGUGUCAUUUAAUGUCGUCAGAUGCUUGCUAAGGAAACACUAAUAUUACUGUUAAAGUUAUGAAGUAGGAAGCAGAUGUCAGCUUCACGCCAUCUCAGUUUAAUGUUGGGCAACUUUUCCUGAUUCCCGUAGCUCCCCCAAAUGCACCCUUGGCACCCCUAGAUGAAGAGAUACGAAUGCGUCUGUAACAUUUUUGAUUGAAUCUGAAACCUUUAUAGAAAUACUUACCUUAUGGAAAAGUGAAGAAAGAUAAUGUUUAAAAGUUGAUGGAAAUAUUUUUUUUCAAUUGUAUUUAACGUGUCUAUAUAAAAUAAUCCUUACAGGGAAUCGUUUGGUAAGGGCAAAAAGAAUUUCCCCAUUUUCUAAGCUAUUUUGGAGGCCUCUGAUCCUUUUACGCCAACCCAACUACUGUCAGGUAUGUACAGUAACAUUUGCUGAUACUCAUCCUUGGCUUCCUUGUCGAACAUAUUCUUUGCAAAUGAUCUUAAGCUCUGCAUUGACAGAGUGAUUCUCAUCUGUGCCAUGUGUUGCAACUGAAACUAACACACUCUUGGAAGUAAAAAUCAAGAGCCAUCUUGACUUCAGGAGCAUGUACUUCAAGCUGCUCGUGUGGAUCCUUCUCCUAAAAUGAUCAUUAAACUCUAAAAAGUGAAGUCCCGCUAUCGGCAAGUGUUUAGAUCCCAUGCAACCCAUAAAACUGAUAGGGUUGUCUGUUAUCCUUUGUUACACUCAUCAAAUAAUAUUUUUCUCAUAGAAUGUUUUUGGUCCUAACAUCUUUCAUCACAAUAUUCAUUUCUUUAUACCAAAAAGAAAAACAACCCAGCAUUCUGAGUGUUUAUGUUGAUUUUAACAUUCCUUGCAUGGUGAUUUAGAAAAGUUAUUUAUUCUUUUUUUUUUUUUUUUUUUUGUAAAAUUAAUGGGUAGAGAAUUAUAUCUUGGUACUUGUUUCUGUAAAACAUUCAGUAUAAUUCAUUAGCUUUACUGGUACUUUACGCUUUGAUUCCAAGAAGCCUUGUACAAGUUGUCUAUCAGAGGGCUUGCUAAAUUAAAGACAAUUUUUUGUGUUUCUUGAGCCUCAUCGUUCUACUAUACAGCGUAUUCCAUGCAAUGCCUGAAUUGCAUAAUUUUCCUUAAACGGUAGUUGAAGGAGAGAUAUCAUGGCUCUAAAUCUAGUCCUUACCUGUUGACUUGGCUCAGUUUCAUAGCCCUUUACAUUUUUUUCUUGAAACAAAAUCACUAGGUUUAUAUAUAUUGCAAACAUUUACUAAAUCUAACUUUUCAUUUCCUUUUAACUCUUUUAAAAGAUUAUAAUGGGAAACUAUAGAUUUUUUUUUCUUUUCCAGUUUCAUGUUAUACUUGAGUAUGUGUUUGUACUAUAAGUCUAAACUUUUCCUCGCUGCAAUGCCUUUGGGUCAGUAGCAGCAGUAAAGAUAGAAAAUUCAAACUGUGGUAUAUGAUAUAAUUAUUCAUACAAUAUGUAAAGUAGCAGUAUCCCAAACCACAUGUCCUUCACUGUGUAUUAUUGAAAACUGCUAGUUUUAAUUUGACUUAUUUUGGAAUAUAUUUGAGAAUUGCUACUCUUCUCUUGACUUCUUUUAGAAAGAGAUUAACCAGCCCAAAUAGCCAGAAGAUUUUCAGAUACCCUAGUGUUUUUCAUCUUUUCCUAGAUACAUUAUAUAAAACGUUCCUCCCCAAAUCCAACGUUUGGCAAUCAAUAUUCUGAAAAGUGAUCAUUUCUCUUUUCAUUAAAUUCUGCAGGAUAAGUUAAAAGAAUGGAAUUCAACUUGAUUAUUCAGUUCAUUAAUUUUAUAUAUUGAAAAUCUUGUGUAAUACAUUCUUUAAAACUGAAAGAAACCAUGCUGAAUUUUGCAGUGCAUAUGUGUACUAGCUUCCCACAUCCUGAGCCCCGGCACAAUUCGUUAUAUUUAGUUACAUACAAUUUAAUGCAAAGAAACAGUCAGCUACCUAAUGUUCUGUAUUACGAGUGCCCAUCAGAAACGCUAGUAGGGAUGUCACAUAGGCCUAUGGCCCAUCUUUCUGUACAGCCAAUAUGUCUUCCCCCUCCCCAAGCUGUUAAGUUAGCAGUUUCUUCUUCACUGGCUUUCUUACGUUUCCACAGUAAAGUAGAAGAGCAAUCUUUGUACUGAUGUUGGGAAAUUUAAUCGUAUUUAUCUUACUUCCUUUCUUUAAAAUUUUCAUUCUUUUACACUGUGUGUUAUUUAUUUUUCUCAAACCCCUAUUCCAUUUUCUUAAAUAUUUUUCACUUAAUAACUAGUGGCUUCAUGUCUUAAACUAACUAAAGUGAGAAAAACAAGAGAAUGCACAAGAGAUGAGAGAUCCUUAAAAGGGUUGAUUAGUUACUGAGGAUGAGAAUGUAACUCAUGUAAGGGACUGAGUUUUUUUCUUUAGCUGAAAUCAAUCUACUAACUAUUCUGCUAAGGCGGUUGUCUGAUUUCAGGACCCCUUUAAGGGAAAAAGGAGCUUUUAGAAAAUUAAAUACCUUGUUUGUUUUAUUUAUCUCUGAGGGAAAAAAGAACACUUAAUUAUUUAGCAAGAUGAUGGUUCUAUUGUCUAACGUGCUCUUAAACACACUUUGAAAAGCUCUGAUUCUCUGGCUUCAGUUCCAAAUAAAUGAGAGAAUGGACAGACUUUUGUUUGAUUUGAACACUGUUGGAUUUGUGUGUGCGUGACUGGUAGAAUUUUAUAAAGUAUCCUUGCUGCUUUUGUAUACCCUGGUACCAUGCACCUGAAUACACACAGGGCGAUCGGACACAGAAGGGCAGACAGCAUCUCAGUGGCCUGUGUUUCCCAUCAUACAAAACUCCCUUGCCCUCUAGUUGCCAUGCUGACGGUCACCUUGAACUAGAACUGCUCCAGAACAUCCUCCCUUUCUCGUAGUGACUUCCAUACAAUAAAAGCAAAGCCCUUUACCUUGGGAAUUUACUUAUCUUUCAGAAGCGACCAAAAUGAACACUUCAGUGUGGGCUGCACCUCAAUCGAUGAUCUUGAGUAGUAACGAGAAAAGUGGAUGUUUACGAGUAGCUUAGUGACUGCAGUCAGCGGUCAGGUGUUCCCUUCUCAGCUUCUGUCUAAAAGACUACAUGUCAAGCUUAUCUCCAAAUGAAUUUGCUGCCCGCUAUGAAAACAUCAGCAUGUCCCAUUCUUCCCACCUCCAUCAUUUGUGGUAUUCUGAAAAUUUUGAUCUGAGAAAAAAGAAUCAUUGAAUAGGAAAUGAACAUUUUAAGUUACUUUCCUUUUUCAGUGACAGUAACAUGUAAAAUCUUUUCCAUUAAAAUGUAAUUUAAUAACUCUAUAAGUGGAAUAAAAUAUAGGAAACAGAAUUAUAAGGAUAUAAAUGCAUCAAGACUCUGGUGUCAUGAAAGCACAGGAAUAAACCUGGAGAUGGUCCCAGAAUCCAAGAUGUCCCAAUAGCCUUUUACAUCAGUUUCUCUAUUUUUGGUAUUUUGCAUAAUGUAUGGAUUCUUAGUUCAAAUGAGGGAAACAAGUUUCUCAGUCAGUCCCUCUCCCUUUCUUUCAACUUCUGCCUUUCUCUUGCUGAGGACGUAGUAGGAAUUCUCUACCAUCUAUUUUUAUGAAUUGUAUAGAUUUUUGUCCACGGUGUGUCUAAUGAAAACAGGUUCUGGGAUAAGGGAGUGGAGUAGCCCAAACAGUGCUGAUCAACUACAAAAGAAACAGAGCAGCUGCUCUCCAAUAAACACUGACCAAUUAGAUGUUUCCAUAAUUCCAUGUAUUAUGUAUAGUACACUCUGUAAAUGUAAAUGUAACGCUUGUUAAGGAAAGUGCAAUUUAUUGUACAUUGUCCCAACAAAUGUUUACUUUUAUAAUCGUUAUGAACUUGAAUUGGAUUAGUAUCUUGUUUUCACGUGUGAAUGAAGCCUUACGAACUAAACAGAUGCAACGAAGAAGGUAACAAGGUGACCGCUUUUGUGAGCCAGUGGUGUUUUCGAGGCUUUGUGUUGCCCCUUUGGUCCCAUUAAGCAGUAAUAAACAUUUGUUCUGAAGUCCA